AAACAACAUUUCUACCUGGACGCGUGCUUCCGGCAAACGGCAUACGACAAGUUUAUAUGACAACUUGAAUAAAACGUUUUAAUAUUGAAGGAGGACUACAUCAGUUCUCAUCACGUCAGAUAUAAUCUCCUGGUAAAAAGACGAAGGCCUCCCAGCCCACGAGGAGACAUGAAUUUAAAAGACUUUGCGGUCCUUUCCAAAACAAAAUCUUUACAAUUCAGUGCGAGGAACCCACAAGGCCUGCAGUUGGAGUCAGUGACUCUGGCCCAGCAGAGCAAUGAGCUGGAAGAGAAACUGCAAAAACUGAAAGACAGUAUGAGAAGAGAGAAAGGCGAGAGAGGGCACCCAGGAACCUUUUAUCGGAAAUCAGAACAAUUAGCAUCAAUAAGCAGCAGUGCUUUGACGCAAGGCGCCAAGAAAAACCAAAAGCAAUCGUCAGCAGGCAAGUUGAAGAUCCGAGUGCUGAAGGAUGAACCUGUAACUGCGCCACCUCAUCUCCCUCUGUGUGAUACAUGCUGUUGUCCCCAGACAACACGGCAAAGCACGGCGACAGGGUCGGUUUGUGCACCGAGAGACGUCAAGUCUCAUCAGCAGAGGUUUAUUGGGAAUUAUGGAGACAAGACAAGAGCAGAAAUUACUAAAAAGGAACACUACAAGGUUGUUAAAAAGGAUCUUGCCAACUCUCUUCUUGGUGGAGAGUUUGAUGAAGAAGAGUCAGCAAGAUCUUUCCAGGAGGCUCUCAAGGACUGGAGAAACCGAAGGUGUGAUGGUCCUGCCGAACCAGUCACAAUUUGGACUCAAACAGUGUCAGGUACAGCAACCCAAGCUGACUUCCCUCCAGAGGGAGGCCAUCAAGGAGGAAACAGCAACAUAGCCGUUGAAGUGGCGUUCCCUGAAAGCAGUCGCACCUAUUUGGACAGGUUGCUCCUCAUGAAUUAUCGCAGGUACAGAUUUGUUCAUGUUAGGAAAAUGUAUAUAUAUAUAUGUUGUCAUGCGGUCUCUAAUCAAUGCUUUACCCCAAUAGUAUUGCAAUAUAUGCUUGCUGUUUGGCCUCGCUGUUUUUAUGAUGUACCACAGAAGAAAGAUUACAGCUGGGUCAGACAGGACGCAGCUGGCAACUCAGUGACAACUCAGCAAAGAUAAGACAUCUACCGUUCCUUUCUAACAAAGACCACUUUGUUAGACAACAUGCCUCAUUGCUGUCUUGCACCCCAGAUGAACCUCCAAGUGACCAUUAAAGUCAGGGUUUCCUAACUAUCUUGAUCGUAGAAUUAGGUUGGAAUGUAUAUAACCAGUAAUAAAUAACUUAGCUUGUCGCAUCCUACACAAUUUCGUAAAACUUCCCUUGCUAUGUUUUAACUAGAGGUCAAAGUUUUUUUCUUCUGUAUCCAGUCCACUCAAACUCCUCUUCCCAGAUGUUUUUAUUAGUAUGUAAACACCUAGUGAUUUUUCCUUACGAGGCAAAGCCCACAUGCUUUCCCCCUCCUUUCCUUAGGGGCUUGUCUCACAAAUUGUGGGUAGGGCAAAUCCAAAUAAAAAGAGCGGGAGUGCAUACAGAUAUUUAGUGUGUGUAGAGAUUGUUGUAAGCUAUCUGUACUGCACUCC